AUGUCCUCGACAGGCCGCCAGCAAGCGCCGCCCGCAAUGCUGCCGUACGAGCUGCUGGCCGACGUGGUGGCGCUGUACGUGGCGCAGACGCUCGACGUGCGGGCGCUGCUGCCGCUCGCAUGCGCCUCGCACGCCCUGCGCCGCCUCGUGCUGCCGCACAUGCUGCGCUGCGUCGAGCUCGCGUCGCCGGCGGCGGCGCAGCGCUUCGUGCGCAUGCUGCGCAGCUCGCCCGCCGCCUGGCCGCUGCUGCACGCCGUCUGGUGGCACCGCAUCGACGCCGGCGGCCUCUGCCACGACGUCGCAGAUGCCUCGGCGCUCGCGGCGGCGGCGUGCGAGACGCUGCUCGGCCACGCGCCGCUGCUCGAGGAGGCCGCCUGGAUCAGCGCCAGCCAGAUGGGCGGCCUGCUCGUCGGCACGCAUCUGUCUACAAGGCCCGUGGGACCGUGGUGCCGAGGAGCGGCGACGUCGCAAGCCGGACUGGCAAGCCAACUCGCUGCAUGCUCCAUCACUGACCGCCGCGAAGCGCAAGCCGCACGCGCCGUGUGGGCGCUGCACUUUGUCUGCUGCACGCUCGAGACGUGGCAGCACCGCCUGCUCGAGACGCUCGGCACCGUGACGCACCUGACGGUGACGCUCUAUCCGGCGCUCUUCAUCGACGACGACAAGUUUGAGCACUGCCUGCGCCGCCUGCUCGCCGUCGCGCCGCUGCUGCGGCACCUGCUGCUGCGUGUGGGGCACGACGCCAUGAACAUCGGCUCGCGCGUGCGCCGCAUCGACCGCUCGCGCUCCAUCGCGGCCGCCGCUGCCCGCGUGGGCGACCCGCGUGUGCGAGUCGUGGGCGCACCGACGACGUUCGGGCGCGCCGGGCAUGGCCUCGAGGAGGAUGUGGCGCGCCACACGCACAUCGAGUGGCAGGCGCGCACGCGCGGCAAGGCCGGCCCGUGGCCCGAUCCGCCGACAGAGCUGCCGCUGGCCGAGCCGGGAUCGGGGCAUCAGACAACGUACCACAGCUUCUGGCUGGCACGCGACCAGCUCGGCGGCAACGAGCCCAUCGAGGACUCGUGA